UAUAGAAUUUAAAGUAGAAAAUGGAUAUUGUUCAACACGAAUUCGAAGAAACUUUGAAACGCAUCCAAUCUCAAAAAGAUGUUGUCGGUGUUAUUGUGGUAAAGAAUAAUGGUGAUAUCAUAACAUCAACAUUAGACAAUAGGUCAUCUGUUAGCCACGCUGAAAGGAUAAUGAAGUUGGCUGACAACGCGAAGAGUUGUGUUAGAAAUUUAGAUCCGUCAAACGAGCUAAUUGUUUUACGGAUGGGUACUAAAAAACGAGAGGUACUGGUGAAACCUGGUAAAGAUUUCAUAAUGAUCGUUCUUCGGAAACAAAAUCAUAAAUCUCUUAUGAGAAGUAUAGCAAACUCUUAA